UCAAUAGAGGGCAGAUACCUAGAGUACGAUUGAUUUUCGUUCUCCCCUUCAAGAAUUUGUCUCAAUGUCUUGAAACUCGAUCGAAUCAAAACAAAGGGGUUUCUUUUCAUUGAAUCAAAUAUAUUUAUAAAAUAAAAAGGUAGGACUUUUCUCGUCUUUGAUCUAGAGGGGAGCAUUUAUGGCUUGGAGGCGAAUCCUAACUAAGACGGUGAAACAGCAGCUGGAGCAUCCAAAUUUUGUUGAUUUAAGUGGUCAUUCUCAAUCUCGUCUCACCUUCCAUAGGAUCGCAAAUGGAUAUAGAAAUUUGCAGGAAAGGUCUCAGUCAAGUUAUGUUGGCAGUGCAAUACCAAAAGAAAUUAGAAAUGAUCCAGAAAGAGUUAUUAGACUCUUUGAGAGCCAGCCUUCAUUGCAUUCUAAUCCUUCAGCAUUGUCCGAGUAUGUAAAAGCUUUAGUCAAGGUUGAUAAGCUGGAUGGAAGUCAGUUGCUGAGCACACUGAGGAAAGGGAUCGCUAGUACAUCAAAGGAUGAGGCUUACACCACUGUACCAGCUCUAAAGAAUGUUGGCCAGAUGACCAAGGAAGGAACUCUUGGGACUGCCGCUGCUCCAAUUCACAUGGUGACAUCAGAAGGUGGUCAGUUCAAGGAACAGUUGUGGAAAACUGUUCGUAGUAUCGCACUUGCUUUUAUUGUGAUUUCUGGUGUUGGUGCACUUAUUGAGGAUAAAGGAUUUGGCAAAGGUCUUGGUCUACAAGAAGAAGUGCAGCCAAUUAUGGAUUCCAGUACUAAAUUUAAUGAUGUGAAGGGUGUAGAUGAGGCUAAAGCUGAAUUGGAAGAAAUUGUUCACUAUCUUCGCGAUCCCAAGCGUUUCACUCGUCUUGGUGGAAAACUUCCAAAGGGUGUCUUGCUUGUUGGCCCACCUGGCACAGGGAAGACUAUGUUAGCAAGAGCUAUCGCAGGAGAAGCUGGUGUUCCUUUCUUCUCAUGCAGUGGUAGUGAGUUUGAGGAGGUGUAUGUGGGUGUUGGAGCUAGGAGAGUAAGAGAUCUAUUUGCUGCUGCAAAGAAAAGAUCCCCUUGCAUUAUUUUCAUCGAUGAGAUUGAUGCAAUUGGUGGACGCCGCAAUCCCAAGGACCAACAAUACAUGAGGAUGACCCUAAAUCAGUUGUUGGUUGAGCUAGAUGGUUUUAAGCAGAAUGAGGGGAUCAUUGUCAUUGCUGCUACUAAUUUCCCAGAGUCAUUGGAUAAAGCACUGAUCCGACCUGGGCGUUUUGACCGUAACGUUGUUGUUCCCAAUCCAGAUGUGGAAGGUCGACGGCAGAUUCUAGAAUCUCACAUGUCAAAGAUCCUGAAGGGAGAGGAUGUAGAUCUUAUGAUCUUAGCCAGAGUUACCCCUGGCUUCUCAGGUGCAGAUCUCGCGAACCUUGUGAACAUAGCUGCAGUCAAGGCAGCAAUGGAUGGGGCUAAAUCUGUCACAAUGGCUGAUCUCGAAUAUGCGAAGGACAAGAUCACAAUGGGCAGCGAAAGGAAGUCAGCAGUGAUCUCUGAAGAGAACAGGAGAACUACAGCGUUCCAUGAGGGUGGCCAUGCUCUUGUUGCAAUCUACACUGAUGGUGCAAUGCCAGUUCAUAAGGCCACAAUUGUUCCUCGUGGAAUGGCCCUCGGCAUGGUGAUGCAGUUGCCGGACAAGGAUCAGACCAGCCUGACACGCAAGCAAAUGCUUGCUAGGCUGGAUGUUUGCAUGGGUGGCCGAGUCGCUGAAGAACUAAUAUUUGGGGAAAGCGAAGUGACUUCCGGUGCUUCCUCAGACCUCAGGCAAGCCACUGCACUAGCAAGAAAAAUGGUGACCAAGUAUGGGAUGAGCAAGAAGGUCGGUGUUGUUACUCACAACUAUGAUGAUGAUGGAAAGAGUAUGAGCACAGAAACGAGGUUGCUGAUCGAGGAGGAGGUGAAAGAGCUUCUCGAGAGAGCUUAUAACAACGCCAAGACUAUACUCACCACUCACAGUAAAGAGCUGGAUGCGCUAGCAAAUGCUUUGUUAGAGAAGGAAACUCUAACUGGGGCUCAGAUUAAGAGUUUGCUUGCUCAAGCGAGAGAGGGGAAGCAGCAGCAUCAGCAGCAGGAGGUGGUGGUUAAUGCAUACACAGCCUUCUCCUUCGCUGCUGCAUCGCGUGGCAGCGGCGCACAACCGGCCAGCGUGCAGCGCUGCAGGCAACAAGCUAAGGCUAAAAGUGUUACUCAGCCAGCUGCAGGAUCUUUGCAAUAAAGCAAGAUAAAGUAGUUGAUUUCAAUUGGAAUACAGAGGAUGAAUGAACCAUUGUUAGUGUAUCUGAUGACUGUGCGAGCACUAACGGUGGUGGGACUCUGCAGAUGUGGCGCACGCGUGACCUAAUUUACAGGCCGGAGGAAGAUGUUCUGAACAAGCUAAAUACUUAAAAAAGUGCACACGCUACCGUGUGGGCCCGUUAAUCUGAAAGCUUGGCUCAAGAACUCGACUCCUUGCCGUAGGAGUUGAAUCUACUGCUUUUGAAAGAUAUUCCUAUGGAAAGACAGGAUUAUGCUUAUUACUAUUAAUCAGAUAAUAUGUAUUCACCUUUUAGAGCCGUUGCAACUAUUUUCUAACUGGUCUUGAGGUUGAUUUGCAAAGUGGACGUUUCUGUAAUUGUUUACCGUAUGGGCAACUUACAGACUGUGAACUUGAUGUUUU